AUGCGCUCCUCAGGACUGGGCCUGCUGCUGUUGGCAACACUGUUGGUGUCUGCGCUGGCAGCUGUCUCCUACAGGGGACACAAAGUCUACCGUCUGGUGCCGACGGAGGAGCAGCUGCAGACGCUGUCUCAGCUGCGGGAGCACCCGGCGCUCGACUUCUGGUCGCGAGCUCACCGUGCCGGCCACCCCGUGGACGUGAGGGUGCCGCCCCACGUGCACGACCACUUCCGAGCAUUCCUCGAUCGCCAAGGAGUGCUGCACAACGUCCUCAUCGAUGACCUCGAACAGAUCUUCGAAAAGGAGCGAAAUGUGACGCUAGUGAGAUCCAUCCCCAGAAGCCCCGAGGACCGCAUGUCAUUCGCCGAGUACCAACGCUACGAUGAUGUUCGGCAGUACCUGUCGCAGCUGGCAUCAAGCUGUCCCAGUACGGUGACUGUGCAGACCAUCGGACAGACGUACGAGGGUCGCCCUCUGGAUAUCAUCCAGAUAUCCUCUGGAGGCGGCGGCUCCAGGCCGGUCAUCCUGAUCGACGCCGGCAUCCACGCCAGGGAGUGGAUCGCGCCAGCUGCCGCCCUCUACGUCAUCAACCAGCUGGUCGAGAACGCAGCCGAGAGCGCGCUCACAGACAGCGUCGACUGGCACAUCAUCCCCGUGCUCAACCCCGAUGGCUACACUUUCACAAACGUAAUGACUGCUUGGCUAUCUUUGUCGUAG